AUGGAACAUGUAUCAGAGAAGAAAUUUCCAGUUGAUCCCAAGGAUUACAAGUUGUAUGAAGAAAUUGGGGAUGGUGUCAGUGCCACCGUCUACAGGGCACUCUGUAUUCCAUACAACGAAGUUGUUGCCAUCAAGGUAUUAGACCUUGAAAAAUGCAAUAACGACCUGGUAAGAUGGUUUGUAUUCAAGUACUUAGAGACAAAUAUUUAUAUCCUUUAGAGUUCCAAGACAUCAUGAUUAUUCUCUUGGUUAUUUCUUUUACUUUUCCAAGAAGAGUUUGGUUUUUGCUAGGUUACGAGUUUUUUUUUUGCAUUAUUUAAUGUUUAUUUAUUUCAUCGUUUGCUUUCUGUGUAUCGACCAUAAGAUCAAGAUAAAAAAUAAUUAAAAUGUAUAAUGGAAAAGUUGUUUCAGCUAUGGUAACUAAAACCAAAUAACAUAGAAUAAGGAGAGUGAAGGCAACAAGUACGCUCAAUCUAAGAUUCCAAAAAUUCUGAUCAACUUAAUCAUGGGCAAUUUUUGGUGCUUUCGAAGAAAAACAUAGUUUUGUUACAUUUUCUUUUGUAGAUAACCUUUGACACAAAUCAAACGAAUGAAUACUGGAAAGUCUGGCAGUGUGAUCCAAUGUAGUCGUCCGUGCUGAGAGAAUUUAUACGUUCAUUUGACAUGUGAUAGUUAGAGUUGGCAACACAGCAACAAUAUAGACUUUUAUUCUUGCGACAACACCACUUCAUUCUGUGUGUACUAUCCGGUGAACUUCUGAUUUCUUAACAAAUAUUAUAUUAUUGAUUACAUAAAUGAUUCCCUUGAUGUUGUUACAAAUAAUCCUUUUAAGAUCCAUAGUCUCGUGUCUUGGACUAAUUGUUCCACAGGCUUCGUAGAAUUACUUAUGUUCGGCUUAGUCAUUGUCCAUGCAUUACUGAAUGAUAUAUAUGUAUAUAUUUAUGCAAAGAAAUUUACUUUCUGUUUUCAGGAUGGAAUUCGACGUGAAGUGAAGACAAUGAGUUUAAUCAAUCAUCCUAAUUUACUACAUGCCCAUUGCUCUUUCACUUCGGAUACGAGUCUUUGGGUCGUGAUGCCUUACUUUUCUGGAGGAUCUUGCCUUCAUAUUAUGAAAUAUGCUCAUCCUGAAGGAUUUGAAGAGCCAGUUAUUGCAACGCUAUUACGUGAGGUUCUUAAAGCCCUCGUUUAUCUCCAUGGCCAGGGUCACAUCCAUAGAGAUGUCAAGGUAUUAUAUAAUUGAUUCGAUUAUUUAUCAAUACUGGCAGUGCUGAUAGAAGGCACCAUUAUUAGCAUUUUUCGGUAACAGCCUUAAUCUAUGUCGAUCUGUGUGGCAUAUCUUUUUCUGGUGAAAAUCUCAUGGGUCAGCUAUAGUUGUUUCUGUGAACAAGUUUAGAAAUUAAUUUUUCUCUGGUGUAUGUUAUGUCGUUCUAUGUGGCAUAUGUUUUUCUUUUUUUCUGGAAUCAAAAACUUGGAUAAAAGAUGGUUGAUUGGAGUUGGUGCUUCUGAUGGAAGGGAGGAGGCAACUUUUAAAGAAUAUAUAUUGAUACCCUUUUGGUUUGAUUAGGAUUCAUCCAGCAUUCUGGUCAUGCACUGGUGGUCUGAACUCCACUGCUUUGGGUAUCAUAGAAAUGUAUCAAUAUGUAAUAGUUUUUUGUUUUGGUAGACAAUGGAAAUGUAAAAGAAUAAGGCAGUUAGGGUGCACUCAUGUGGCAAAUUAACCAUAGUUUAGUGUAUUUGUAUCAGAAUUUAGUAGGUUGGCGGAUCCAUAUCAAAUGUUUAACUGUUUGGUGCCAUGAAUGAUAAUAGAGCCUCUGGUGUUCUUGGUAUAUUCUUUCAAAAUAAAUGGUAGAGUUGCUUAUAAGUUCCUUUUUCCCCCCGGAACUAAUGACCGGUUUAGUAGCUAUUUGGAUUUUCUUUGUUGAAUUCAUUCUUAUCAGAUGUUGAGCAUUGUACCUUCGUGAAAUGUCAAUUUUUUUUGUGGUCGCAUGCUGCUGUUUCCUUCUAAUAUUAUCUAUCGACACGUUUUCAGGCGGGUAAUAUUUUAAUCGAUGCAAAUGGUGAUGUGAAGUUAGCUGACUUCGGAGUCUCUGCUUGCAUGUUUGACUCUGGAGAUAGACAACGAUCAAGAAACACCUUUGUGGGAACUCCAUGCUGGUCCAUUACUUAUCCUUUUCUGUUUUUCUUACAAAUUUCAUAUUUCUAUUUGAAUGAUGUGAUUUGGUCCCUGGUCAUUAGUCUGAACACAUUUAUUCUGUCAUGUCUCUAGAAGACUCAUUUCAGACCCUAAAAUAUAUGAAAACAGGAAGGGGGAUUAUAGUCAUUCUAGCAUACAUGCAUGUGGCGGAACAAAACUGUGUGAUCUAGUAGAAUAAAGUGGUUAUUGAAAUCUAGAAUAUAAUCUAGACAGUGCACUUACAGGUCUCUAAUAUUUCUGCAAGUUAACAAUUUUUGGGUUCCAAAACAUGCACAUUUUAUUCAUAACCCGAAAAAAAAAAUGCUAACACCUUGGAAUUGGGUGCUGGUCACUAAUGUGUUGACGUAGUUGAUUUCAGAAAUAUAUGGUGAACCAUUGGUUUCAUAAUGUGUUGACUGAUUGCUUCCCAUGUCAUUUUACAUUUACAGGAUGGCUCCGGAAGUUAUGCAACAGAUGCAUGGAUAUGAUUUCAAGUGAGUGUGACCACUUAAUGAUUUUCAGAAGUUUUUAUAGUAUUGAUUUUUGUAGUAUUGGUACGUUGAGGAUAUACUGGGCUCAUUUUGGGACUUAUUUCCUCCGAGCAGAGCAGAUAUAUGGUCCUUUGGGAUAACGGCUCUUGAGCUUGCACAUGGCCAUGCUCCAUUUUCGAAGCACCCACCAAUGAAGGUCGAGUUUUGUUAAAUGUGUUUUUUUUUUUUUGCGUAUACUAGCUUCAUGAAAGUGGUGUUAUGAAUAUUUCUUGAAUUCAACAAUUUGAGUGAUCUCAUUUCUUCUUUUCAUAGGUGUUGCUUUUGACCUUACAAAAUGCACCACCAGGCCUUGACUAUGAAAGAGACAAAAGAUUCUCCAAGGUUCAUUCUUGUUUUUGAAAUUGAUGCUAGGUGUUACUUCUUGAGUGAUGUUGUGAAAUUGAAAAAUCUCUUUACAGUCUUUUAAAGAGAUGGUAGCUGCAUGCUUGGUGAAAGAUCCGAAGAAGCGUCCAUCCUCAGAAAAGCUUUUGAAGCAUAACUUUUUCAAAAAUGGUCGCACAAAUGAAUACUUGGCACGGAUGAUCCUUGAUGGCCUUGCUCCACUCGGUGAACGGUUUAGGGAACUAAAAGUAAUAGUCUAA